UUUUAGAAGAGAACAAAGGAAGUAAAGUUGAUGGGACCGGAUCAAUUUGGUGCUGCACAUUUUCAUACCGCUUCAAAACCACUGAAAGAAAUAGACAUACGCCUUCCGGAAAAUCUUGUAAAGGGAGCCGUGAAAUUAGAUCCACAUUUAAAGAAGUACUUGGGUGAUGAGUUUCCUGCAGAAUGCAAUACAAACGUUACGUGGACAUACGGAGCCGUGAAAUUAGAUCCACAUUUAAAGAAGUACUUGGGUGAUGAGUUUCCUGCAGAAUGCAAUACAAACGUUACGUGGACAUACGUAACUUUUGACAAGCAGAAUGAAGUUUUAACAGACUUAAUUACACGUUUGAGUAUCGAGCUGAAGCUACCUCAAUCGGAGAGGAAUACGUAUGCAUUAAAAUUUGAAGAACGUGAUAAUGAUGGUGUUUUUCUAACCAAAGAAAAUCGUGGUUUGGUACCCCAAGGGUUCAUUCUCAUUUUAACCGCAUCUCCGGAACGUUAUGCACACAAUCUUUUGGCACGUUUACGUAAUUCUUCAACUCAUACUGGCGAUCUUCGAGUAACACUUGCUGAACUGAUCACUUUAUGUAGUGAUAUUUCAUUUGCAACGCAGUUUAUGCGUAUAGGUGGAUAUGACUAUAUAUUUGAAAUUAUCGAAAAAGGAUGGUGCGCUGAUAGCGUUUCGUCCCAGUCACGAUUCCUUCAAGCAUUGCUGAUAUUGAUGGAUCAUCCUGGUUUAAUGUAUUGGUCACAGGUUUCGGAUGCAUUUAUUUCCAAAAUAGCGGAAAAUAUUACCGGCAAAGCUAAGCAAGAGGACAACAUCUUACUGGUUUCAUCACUUAAUAUUAUCGAUCUCAUUUUGAAUUCUAAGAAUGAAGAAAAAAUGAAUUUGGUAUUACGGGAGGUACCCUUCGAAUCGCUUAUACGUCAUCUUGAGAAAUCAGACGAACGAGUCAUUUUGAAUGUUCUGACGUUAAUGAAUUCUUUAUACAACAAAGCUAGAGACCAUGUGAAAAAUGAUAUCGUAGAGCAUCUCCAUGUAACACCUUUCCGUCAUGCAAUUGAAAAAUCGGUACUGAGAAAAGGAAAGCAAUUGGAUGUUGGAAUUGAGCAGCAACUUGUUACAAUACAACGUAUACAGCUGAAUAAACUAACACAAAAAGCUCUGCGUAUUCCUACAGAAGCAGAAAUUGAGCGAGUUUUUCAACUGAAACUUUUGAACAGUGAAAGCAGUAAAGGGAUUCAUGCAAAUGUUAUAUCAGACGAAAAGCAUGCAGAAUUUUUAAAUUUCACUGAAGCAGUUGUACAAACACCACCAGGAUCAUUAGCACUGGAAACAAUUCAGUUAUUUGUAACUCAUCAUGCUGAUUCCAUUGCAAAAAUAUCGUUGGAAAAUUCAAUGAGAUCUGAUAACAAUCUAUGGUCCCUUCUGUUUGUAUCGGUUCAUUUAGUGCAAAUGUUGAUUGACGUUCUUCAUGUUAUUAAUGAACCUGAAGAAGGUGAUCGAUUAAUGGUUUUAUUGUUCAAAAGUGAUCGACCAUUUUUGGAUUUUUUUGCGGUGCUUGUGAAACUUUUUCAUCGUACGUGGCGUGAAAUGCAUGCAAGUGAAGAAGAUAUUAAAAAGGUUUUGGCUGUUGUUCGGAAGCAAAUUGAUGUUUGUUUGCUGGAAAAACCAGAUACAUUUGAAAAGUUAGAGGAAUUGCUAGCAGCUCAUUCGUAUCCACAUAUGAAGAAAAUUUGGGAAAAAGAAAGGAGCGCUAAAGAAGCAGAAGAAUUACAGAGUGAUGCUGUCAAAGAGCUGCGAGAAUAUCUUCGACCGAGUAUUGUUGAACUGGUUUUGAAAAAUCGUAAAAAUGUUUUGAAAAAUGGCUAUAAAUUUGGGAAGCUAAUAAAGAGCAAAUCGAUGCAAAAAGGACAGCAAUUUUGGUUUUGGAAAUUGGAUGCUAACGAGAAGACGUUAAUUUGUACAGAUUGCUCAAACACAGAGUCUUCAUCAAAUGCAAAAUCUGCUGGAAAUAUAAAAAUAGAUGUGGCUGAUGUACAACGUGUAAUGGCUGGAGGUGAAGGUGAUUUUCCAAUGAAUAGUACAAAGGGAAAGAAAAAUUCAAAUGUACGCGGUAUCACAUUAGAAGUUGGUGAUAAGCCUGAUCUUUAUCAUUUGGUAACUUCUGAUGAGGAAACGAUAAAUGCCUGGUGUGAUGGUAUCAAUGCUUUGAUUGGUGUCAAUAAACUAUCGAUUCAAGCUCAACGACAAGUGGACCGCUUUUUGAAUAUUGAACUAAAAAUGCGAUUGCUUGAAUUGGAUCAUAUUCCAAAUUCAAUCGAAAUACCACCCUUACCAGAAAAUUUUGAUUGGAUUCCAAAAAAUGUUGAUAGUAAGACUUCUGCAACAAAAGUGUAACUUUUGGACCGG